GGCUGCUCUACAUGGUAUGAUGCAACGCCUCAGUCAAGGAAGCCUUGUGUGCACGUUGAGGUGACCAGGCGGCGGUGGUGCGGAGUCGAUGUCCUCGGAGGUGAUCAGGGCGACUGCAGGGAUGGUACUCGCAGAGCUGUAUGUCUCUGACCGAGAAGGAAACGAUGCAACAGGAGAUGGAACCAAGGAGAAGCCGUUUAAAACGGGCCUGAAGGCUUUGAUGACAGUUGGAAAAGAGCCGUUUCCCACCAUUUAUGUGGAUUCACAAAAGGAAAAUGAGAGGUGGGAUGUCAUUUCCAAGUCACAGAUGAAGAACAUUAAAAAGAUGUGGCACCGAGAACAGAUGAAGAAUGACUCUCGGGAGAAGAAAGAGGCAGAAGAUAACUUACGAAGAGAAAAGAACCUGGAGGAAGCAAAGAAAAUUAUCAUUAAAAAUGACCCAAGCCUUCCAGAGCCAGCCCGUGUAAAGAUUUGUGCAUUAGAAGGAUAUAUAGGCCAAAGAGUGAAGGUGUUUGGCUGGGUCCACAGGUUGCGUAGGCAAGGAAAGAAUUUGAUGUUUCUGGUGUUGCGAGAUGGUACGGGCUAUCUGCAGUGUGUCUUGUCAGAUGACUUGUGCCAGUGUUACAAUGGAGUAGUCUUGUCCACUGAGAGCAGCGUGGCGGUAUACGGAACACUAAACUUGACUCCAAAGGGCAAGCAGGCUCCGGGAGGCCACGAGCUGAGUUGUGACUUCUGGGAACUGGUGGGGCUGGCCCCAGCUGGAGGAGCUGAUAACCUGAUCAAUGAGGAGUCUGAUGUGGAUGUCCAGCUCAACAACCGGCACAUGAUGAUCCGCGGAGAGAACAUGUCCAAAAUCUUGAAAGCCCGGUCCAUGAUCACCAGGUGCUUUAGGGAUCACUUCUUCGACAGGGGCUACUGUGAAGUUUCCACCCCGACGCUGGUGCAGACGCAGGUGGAAGGCGGGGCCACACUCUUCAAGCUUGACUAUUUUGGGGAGGAAGCGUUUUUGACCCAGUCCUCACAGCUGUACCUGGAGACCUGCCUUCCGGCCCUGGGGGAUGUUUUCUGUAUUGCCCAGUCCUAUAGGGCCGAACAGUCCAGAACACGAAGGCACCUGGCUGAAUUCACGCACGUGGAAGCCGAGUGCCCCUUCCUGACCUUUGAGGACCUCCUGAACCGUUUGGAGGACCUGGUGUGCGAUGUGGUGGACAGAGUCUUGAAGUCACCAGUGGCGAGCAUAGUGUACGACCUCAACCCGAACUUUAAACCUCCUAAACGGCCUUUCAGACGAAUGAACUAUUCAGACGCUAUUGAGUGGCUGAGGGAGCACGAUGUAAAGAAAGAAGACGGGACACUCUAUGAGUUUGGAGAUGACAUUCCCGAAGCCCCUGAGAGACUGAUGACAGACACCAUUAAUGAACCAAUCCUGCUGUGUCGGUUUCCAGUGGAGAUCAAGUCCUUCUAUAUGCAGCGAUGUCCUGAGGAUCCUCGGCUCACUGAAUCUGUUGAUGUGUUGAUGCCCAAUGUUGGUGAGAUUGUGGGCGGCUCGAUGCGCACUUGGGAUAGUGAAGAAAUUCUGGAAGGCUACAAAAGGGAGGGGAUUGACCCCGCUCCUUACUACUGGUAUACAGAUCAGAGAAAAUAUGGUACUUGUCCUCAUGGAGGCUAUGGCUUGGGCCUGGAAAGAUUCCUAAGUUGGAUUCUGAACAGAUAUCACAUCCGAGAUGUGUGCUUGUACCCUCGAUUCGUCCAACGCUGCAGGCCAUAACCAAGCGGCCCUGAAGCAUGAAGGAAGGGAAAUGUUCAUGAAAAGAUUAGACUGCUUCUGCAAAGAACAAAAACCCGAAACCGUCCCUUGAUUUCCUGUCGGGCUAGGAGCUUUUCCUGUCUCUGUGUUUUCUUCCCAUUACCAUAAAAAGAAGUAGAUGUGACUUGAAUACAAAGUGACUUUGGUGUCCCUUUAAUAAAAGUACUCAUUACAAAA